AUGCGCCAUAAUGCGCCUGUUGCAUUUCACCAGCGCAUUCAACGAGGCGUCCAGUUCUACGACGCUUGGCUCAAAGCGAUCACAGUAGCCUCACCAUCGGUUUUCGCCAACAUCACGAACAGGCUGCAGAACAUGGCAGAGAGGAGAACAAGCAGUGAAAGCACUUUGAAUGGUGGCUUUCAGAUGACCCUACAAAGCUUCGGAGACUACUCGAAGUGCAUGGAGGGCAACGAGGGAACAAGCAGUGAAAGCACCUUGAAUGGUGGCUCUCAAAAGACCCUACCAAGCUUCAAAGACUACUCGAAGUACAUGGAGGGCAACGAGAGAACAAGUGAAGGCACCUUGAAUGGUGGCUUACAAAGCUUCGGAGACUACUCGAAGUACAUGGAGGGCAACGAGGGAACAAGCAGUGAAAGCACCUUGAAUGGUGGCUUUCAAAAGACCCUACCAAGCUUCAAAGACUUCUCGAAGUACAUGGAGGGCAACGAGAGAACAAGUGAAGGCACCUUGAAUGGUGGCUUUCAGAUGAGCCUACAAAGCUUCAGGGACUACUCGAAGUACAUGGAGGGCAACGAGAGAACAAGCAGUGAAAACACCUUGAAUGGUGGCUUUCAAAUGACCCUACAAAGCUUCGGAGACUACUCGAAGUACAUGGAGGGCAACGAGAGAACAAGCAGUGAAAACACCUUGAAUGGUGGCUUUCAAAUGACCCUUCGAAGCUUCGGAGACUACUCGAAGUACAUGCAGGUCAACCAGGGAGGAAGUAGUGGUGGUUCUCGAACGACUCUACAAAGCUUCGGAGAUUACCUGAAGGACAUGCGAGGAGAGCUGUGCAAAUGCGCAGGGCGUAGGAAGUGCCAAUGUGAUGGCCUGCGCGCGCGCCCGCAGGAAUACCGUGGCACGUAUGCAAUUUGAAAUUCCGUGCUUGUUUUCCAAACCUGACUGCGGCGGGUCAGCUAUGUCUAUGCUGCUGUUCCCGUUUAUAUUUUUGUUUGGAGUGUGCGAGCGCAUGGCUAGAGGACCAUACUCAGCCGUUAGGUGCACAAGCCCACCUUUGCUCGACUUAUCCGAGGAUGUAGGCAUAUCAAGUCUUGCAUCCAUUGUUGGUUUGUUUGCUUGGAAGCAGGGGCUCGAAAGUUCAACUGAUGCUUCAGCUGGGCGAGGGCCUGCGUUCCACAAUGGCUUGUUUUAAUUCGGUGCAUGUUGCUGCUACUGGCUUCGACCAUAUGGCAUAUGCACAAAAAAAAGAAACGACUUAUGCGACCCUCUUCAAAACCUGUUCAACACGGAGUGGAAGUUCCCUGUUGCGGCUUUAGCCCGGGCAAGAGGACCUGCCAAGCACUAGUUGCUGUUCUUCUUGGGCCACGGACAAAGAAAUUAUGUUUCAAGCAAGGCCAAGGUUGUUCCAGAUGAACAAGUCAUGCAGGUGCGGGUAUCGAUACCUCAAGUCCAAGGGCUCCUGCAAAUCUGACUAUUUUCAGGGGACAGUAGCAGUCUGUUUUCUAGAAGGUGGCUCCUU